AUGUCUACAAACUCGAACACCAUGCCUGGCAUCAUCCUCCACCUUUCAGCAGAUGAUCUUGAACAGCUGUUUGAUAGGAAGCUUAAAGAGGUGCUUGAUGAGGUGCUUGAUGAGGCGCUACAGCCUAUCCACAGCAAGCUUGAUGCUAUCGAAGAGAAGCUUGAAAAGCUCACAGCCCGUGUUGAGGUAGUUGAAGGCCUGGCGGCAAAGAUCCCGAACAUGGAAGACGACCUCCGAUCUCAGGACUAG